AUUGCCAACUCCAUGAAGCUACCCUUGUCUCCUAGUGUCUUGAAUCCCAUCCAUCCUUGACAACCACAUCCUCAACCACAUCCUGUAAUCACUAUUUCCAUUUACCCAUCUUAUUGCCACGCUUUGUCGGCCAUGGCGAGCGCGUUGCCAUUGUCGGCCCCCUCAACAACGCCAGCGCCCUCAUCCGCAUGGAGCCGCCUGGUCCAAAUUACAAGAACUGCAUCUGAGGGCUCUCGCAACAAGGCACCUGAGCCCUCAAGCCAGCUCAACCGGUCAUUACCGCCCGGCACCCACACAUCAUCCUCGGCGGCGCCAGCCAAGAAGCGCCGUCAGGUCGAGUCACCACCUGCGCGAUCCGUCACGAAAUACCUCGCGCCGCUUUCUCCAGAACCUCAUGAUCUGCCAAAGAAGAUGCCGCCCGAAAAAUCGAAGAAACACACGUGCUGUUCGCCCAACGGUAACAAGCAUGAAUGCAUCACAGCUUGCCCAUGCAGAGUCGAGGAUGUGGACUGUGUCGCGUCGCAGGAACCCGGAGUCAACGACAAGCGGUUCUUACCACGGGGCGAUCGACAACCGCCCACAACAGCUGAAGAUCCCGACCAAGAUCGAACCCCGCCAAAGUCCCCCAAAGCCUUGCGUCGCGGCACCCCACAGCGCGUACGGAAUACAUCGCCACGCCCAGACGAGCUCGAGACGAAGAGGAGCGAGACGUUGACACACUUCGGAGAACAACACAUCUCCAGAGAUUCAGAGGGAGAGGCUGAGACUGAAGAUGAACUUGCCAUACCAGCCACCUGCAGUUCUGCGCGCCUGGAGAAUCAUGUCACUGUUGCGAAGACCGUCUUGGAGCCAGGAGAGGCGGUAGAGGAUGGCAGUUCGUCCAUCACCGGGCCUGGCCUGCAUGAGGGCGACCACAACUCGGCAAACAAGACGCCAGUUCCGAAGAGCCAUUCUCCGUCCCCCGCAGGCACGGAUGAAAGCAUCCAGCUGGCCACCCCUUCAUCCUCGCCCACGACCAAGACCGACAGCCAAGCAAAGGAAGCACCUGUCGAGGCAACCAAGCCACACGGGCCUGCCCCGGCCCCGGCCCCCAAGACGAAGCGGCGCCUCACCCUCCACGGCGACAGCUACGGGAGGCAUUCUUCUCACAAGAAACGCAAGACAGCGCCAAAGCGGAAGGAUGGGGUCCAGACGACCCUGAGCCUUGCGAUUGGCAGCAGUGCAGGGAUGAGGGAAUGCAAGUUGUGCGAUACGGUGUACAAUCCGUUCCACCCAGAGGACGUGAAGGUGCACACGAAGAGGCACGCAAUUGCUGUGAAGAGGGAGCGCAGGUCCGAGGAGACCACGGGGCCCGCGGUGUCCCUGGUGGACUAGACAGCUGUUGCUGAUGUAUAAACAUCACGGCGUUUGGGUACACGAAUACAGACUUUGCCGGGUAUUUGCGUGUGGUGGAAGUGUUUGGACAAGAGCGGAGCGGAAUGGGCAGUUUGCAUACUGGUCACGCAUCAAUGUUGGAGAACGGAUUAGAUUUAACGCAUAGCAUGUUGUACACACGAUACCCCCAGCUUCCCAAUGAUAGAUAGCCAUUCUCUUGAGCUUACUGUCCCCGAUGCGGCCGUGUCUGAUGUGGUGCGUGAUAUCAUGCAACGCAGCUAGGAACAGGAAUCUGCUAAUGGCGGGCUGUAAAUUUCCCCUCGAGCCCUA